UGACAGGAUCACGUAAAUAUAUGGCGUACGAUGUAUCGCAUUUAUACCACAAAUCUAUACAAGGGUUUGAAAUACUCACAAUCGGAGAACCCGUAACGCUUAACAAACCUCAUUGACAUCUAUGGGUCUCCUUUCCUGCGUUCCGCUGAAGCCGUGGUGUUAGCAUUAGCCGUUACGCUUUUUAGCUUAUGGUUGCAGGCUUUUCUUUUAAUAGGACGUUGUUAAUACAACUAAGUUACACACAUUCAGAAAAAAACGAACGCAACGUUACUUCGUGUGUAACGUUACGUGAUUUCGGACGCAGCAAUUGAGAUGGUCGGGACAGAGUUAUAACAACAGAAGAAGAGGAGGAGGCUGUGAGAACUGCAGGAGAACAAUAUCUUCUUCAAAACAGAGAUCAGGAUUGGAAUACAGAAAUAUUUCCUGUUAUUCUACAAGUGAAGGAACCCCUUCAACAUGACUGAUACAGACACAUGUGGAACGAUGAAUGAACAUACUGAGGAACAAAGAGACCUGAUAGAACUUGAAGAUCCUGACAAAGAAACACUUGCAAUUCAGUUGAGACUUCACACCGGAAAGCCAUACACAUGUAUUCAUUGUGGAAAGGGUUUUACACAGAAGGGAAAUCUUGAAGCACACACGAGAGUUCACACCGGAGAGCGUCCAUACGCAUGUGCUCUGUGUGGAAAGAGUUUUGGACACAAAAGCAGUUUUGAGAAACACAUGAGAAUUCACACUGGUGAGCGGCCAUACACAUGCACCGAGUGUGGAAAGGGCUUCAUACAGAAAAGCGGCCUGGAGUACCACUUGAGACUUCACACUGGAGAGCGGCCACACAAAUGUGUUGAGUGUGGAAAGAGUUUCACAAGCGAAAAUAGUAUGAGGAUCCACAUGAGAGUUCACACCGGAGAGCGUCCAUACACAUGUGUUCAGUGUGGAAAGAGUUUCAGACAGAAAGGCAGUUUUGAGAAUCACAUGAGAAUUCACACUGGAGAGCGGCCACACAAAUGUAUCGAGUGUGGAAAGAGUUACACAAGCAGAAAUAGUAUGAAGAUCCACUUGAGAAUUCACUCUGGAGAGCGUCCAUUCCCGUGUGUUCACUGUGAAAAGAGUUUCACACAUAAAGGCAAUCUUGAGAGACACUUGAGAAUUCACACUGGAGAGCAGCCAUAUACAUGUACAGAGUGUGGAAUGAGUUUCACAUGUGCAUAUAGUAUGAAGAUCCACAUGAGAGUUCACACUGGGGAGCGGCCAUACGUGUGUGUUUACUGUGGAAAGAGCUUCGGACAGAAAUGCAGUCUUGAGAAUCACAUGAAAACUCACACUGGAGAGCGGCCACACACAUGCACAGAGUGUGGAAAGGGUUACAUACAAAAACACAAUUUGACGAUGCACAUGAAAAGUCACACUAGGAAAAAGGGCGCAAGUGCAAAGAAUGCAAAGAAAGACUUCCAGAAUUCAGCUUGAAGAGCACUUUACCAGCUACAGAAGUGUGUUACAAGAACAUUCCUUUGAGGUGUUUGAAAACAUUUUAAGAAUGUUCCCAGCUAACAAAAGUCACCAUCAUGGUGAUCAGUGUUUCCUUGAGUUGGGCUCUUGACCCUUGGCUUUCGUGUUAAUUUUUGGGUGCGCUGUAGCUGUGUGCUUUAAAAAAUCAUUUUGGCAGUGCAAAUGAGAAUCUAAUCAAAUGUUAUUGGUUGGUGGUCAUUACGCGGGUUUCCAUCACUCUGGUUUUAUUCGCAUUUUGAAGUUUUGCAUCAGAAACGAGUAAUGGAAACGGCAAAUUUCGAAUUAAAAACCCUUAAUCCACAAAAAAGUUUGUAUGCUUCGCGAAAAAUGGAAGAUCGAAACGCAUUUGCAGGAUAAAUUCCUCCAAAAUGUCUCGAAUCUGCCCUAUUAGAUACCAUAAUCUGACUAACCAGAGUACUGAUCUUGUUACACAGCAUCAGAAAUGUUGUUAUGGUCAUUUUUAAAUGCCAAAGGAAAGACAUCAAGUAUUUCUGUUAUUGCCUCUCAGAACUGUCACGAGUCAAGAAUUUGUUGUGUAUCGUAAUCGUCUAACUGCACAAGUAUAUAUAUGAAAAUUAUUCAAUAUUUGGUAGCCUAAAUUACUUUUUAUACUGAUACUUAUUUGCAGUUUUUAGGAAGUGACGGUUGAGUAGUUAGAUCGAAACUGUGCUUAUUCGCAAAUGUUUUAUGCAAUAUUCUAAUUCUGCGCAAAAGCUAAAUUCGCAACUUUGGAUGGAAACCCGGCGAUUGAAAUGACCUUCAUCUUGUAUCAUGGUUCAAUGAUCUUAUCUGGAUUGGGUGCAGUGCUAUUCAUCAUGAAAGAACAUAAGGUCACAGAGUUUAAUUGCAAUUGUAAAUAAAAUAAUGUUUUCUAGUAAUAUGUGCAUGUUAUAGCUACAAUAAAAAAAGUUAUACUCAUA